AUGGCCUCUGUUCGAUCUUUGGGCAUAUUGGCUUUGACCCUUGGUGCCACAGCCCUCCCUUUCAAUACCUUUGACGGUCCCGGAUUCCCUGCCUGUCAGGAUGUUGCCGCAGUCCACGAUGCUUCAAGCGUCAAGGAUAUUCAAAAUAUCGUUCAAAAUGCCAUCGAAGCAGGCCAGAGGGUUAGAGCGUCCGGAAAAGCCCACAUGUGGUAUGACACGAUGUGCUCUGAUGAUCCCAAUACGGUCAUUGUUCGUACAGAGCAGGUGAACAACAUAUACGAUCUUGAUAUGGAGGCCGGCACCGUCAUGAUCGAGGCUGGUGUAACAUUCUUACAGCUCGCUGAAUACCUGCACGAGCGUGGAGCUUCUGCAGGAUACACCCUUGUCAAUUGGAAUAUCACUUUGGCUGGCUGUGUCGCAAUGGGUGCCCAUCGAUCAUCUAUCCGCGAGGACUCCAUGGUCGCAGCUGGCGUAUUGUCUAUGGAUAUCAUUGACGGCACUGGUAAGCUACAUCAUCUGGAGCGUGAUGACAGCGAUGACUUGGACGAGAGCGAUGUGCUAAACGGCGACAUCUAUGGUAUGAUAGCUCCAUAUGCCACUGCUAACCUUUGGUGGUGGCCGCACAAGAAGAAAUUCCACUGGCGAUACUACGACGUCAUUCCAACAAACCAAAGCGACCAAGAGGGCUUCCAAAACACAUUCUCGAUUACCAAAAUCGAAGCCGAUGCUAUUUCAGCUCUUUGGAAUACUGGAAAAGGAGUUUCUCUGUCCAAUCUUCUUGCUGAAGAGAUUCUGUUUGGGCAGUGGGAGAAUCCCAACUUUAGAGAAAAGACAACCAACGAGCCUAUCAAAAACUGGCCUGUUUACGGAUGGAAUUACGAUGUGCUUAUAGGUGGUUUGUAUCCCGACCAGCGUCCGGUGUGGGACUAUGGCAUCCACGGCUACACUUUGGAGCUCGCAUUUCCCGUCACCCAAGCCAAUACAAUGCUUAAAAGGGUGCGCCAGCUCUUCGACAAUGAGGCCAAGAAACUCAAAUUUAUGGCGUCUACGUAUAGGAGUGGCAUCAACAUCAAGUUUGGGAGACCGUAUUUUGACCUGCUCGGUCAGGUGACUUAUGGCACAUCUGAUGGCGCUGACUGGGAGAAAGGUGUCAUCAUGUUGGACUUCCCAUCUUACAAACCGAGUAUCGGUGAUGGGCUCCGAUACAACGAACCAUUUUACCACAAACUCGCAGAAACGUUGAUUGAUGAAUUUGCCUGUCGCCCUCACUGGACCAAGAAUACACGAGAGGUAUUCGAACGUUCGGCCAAGAACUUGGACCCUGAUCACAUUUCUCGAUUCAAAGCAGUCAGGGAAAAGUUUGAUCCGGAAGGUAUUUUCCGCAGUGUCGUGGGCGAAGCCAUUGGUGUUUAUUAA